GUAGUUCCAGGACUGCAGCUGAGACUCCAACCUAUCCUGGGGGCCCCAGACAGUACUGGGAAGCCAUGGAAUUGUGUCCUAAAGGUGAAAUAGGAAGCAAGGAGAAUCUCUGUCGUGAUUUGGGGGUCAGGUGAGAAGACCCCCUACCCUGGGGGCCCCAGACAGUAUUGGGAAGCCAUGGGAUUGUGUCCUAAAAGUGAAAUAGGAAGCAAGGAGAAUCUCUGUCGUGAUUUGGGGGUCAGGUGAGAAGAAAAAGCAGGGGGAAAACAGAUUGAUGGGUUCCUUACAUUCUCAGUCAGAUUGCAAUUUGAGAAAAAUAGAUCGUAUAUUUAGGGGAUUAAAAUCUGCAUCAGAUUUUAAUUACUGGCAUAUUUGUUAAGACUGUCCUGGGAACAACUGCAGCUUGGACCCAGCAAUUUUGUUGGGUUUUAUUCCCCAUCCCUAACCACGUGGUGUGUACGCAUUCAGCCUGCCUUGGAGUAGUUGUGGUAUCUUCAUGUGACUGUCAUUGCAUAUGGCUGACAUAUGUAAACCCUCUGAGCUUGCUUCAAGGUAGUGAAAUUUGGGCACACGGGGCCUUACAGAAAGCGUGACAAGAUGGUGUUUUCAAAAUAAGUUAACCUGCAAGCAAAAGAAUUUGCAUGUACAUCUGAUGAUACUCAUUCUUGCAACUGUCAUACGGUUUUGCAGAGCUGGUCUGAACAAUCAUUCUGGAUGCUUCCAUCCUGAGGCCUGAACUAAAGUGCCUAAAUGACAUCAUUUUCUAUAUUUCAGCCUUGUGUAAUUUCAAACGAUCCUUUUAGUAACUGGGCUUUUCUCCAGCAUAUGACACUUUCUGCUUUUCUUUUCCACUUCUCUUUACCUUAUGGCCUGGAAUCUAGCUCAGUGUCUCUUUUGCCAUGUUAGCUGAGAGCUUGCAGCGUCUCAAUCUGGCAUUCCUGGCGUUGUGAAGCUCACAAACACAGACAAAAUAUUUACCCAUAUCCUCUCUGGCAUGAGUUGGUGGAAGGUACUGGCACUCCUGUUGUCUGCAGAGAUAAAACAUCUAUUUUAAGGAGUUUGAGAAGCAAAUGUCUGUGUUAUAGAGCUGAGCACCUGCAAAAAUGGGGAAAGUGUUUCUAAGUGAAGCAAGUUAGAAUGGUUCAUAUUUACACCAAAUGACUGCCUGAUCAUCUAUCAAUUAUCUAGAUACAUUUUCUGGUUUAUAGUGGUAAGGGGAUCCUGAAUGUGGAGAUUUGCAGCUUUUGAUUCAUGAGAUUUCUGGUAUUACUAUGCAAGUUUCUGGUAUCACUAUAAAAGGGAAUAUUUCCAAUUCCACCUUUGAUGCAAAAAUAUUAAAGGUCUUUCUUCAAAUAUUUGAUAGAUGCCUUUGCCAAAUCUCAAGUUGCACUGCCCUUUUGAUAAGCUGCUUUUUCUGAAAGGAUCGUGUUACAUUCUGGCUUUUGCAAUGUGGAUGUCUUUAAAUGGAGACUAAUUAGAUCUUUAUAUCUUUAGUUAAUGGCAUCCUGUUUCUUUGAAGUGGUGAUAACACUGGGGGAGUGGAAGAAACAAGCAGAAAUGAUCUGUUGGUAUAGUGUCUUUUGUGGGAAAUAAGCAGAGCUCUACCUUUUCCCAUGUUUUACAUCACAUAUUCUUUAUCAGAGUUUCAUCAGCUACAGGUUGUGUUCAUGUGCAUUAUGUAAUAGAAACAUGAAAAAUAGCACUUAGUUCUGCAGCAACACAGAAAAAUGAGCAGAACAUCCAACAUACCAGUUAACCGCAAUCCCAAAGUAGGAGAUCCCUCCCUCCCUCCGUGUGUGUGUGUGUGUGCGCGCGCGCGUGCGCGUGCAUAACCUGAUGAAACAGUGCAAAAGUAUUUAAGAAUGUUCAGAAUGCUAUUGCUCUUACCUCACCCCUCCUUUGCGCUUCCUCCAGGAAUGUUUAUAAAUCCAAAACUGAUUUAUUUGUCUAAAUGGUUUUAUCUUUUUCCAGCGUGGAUCUCCCUUUAUCUAAUCUGUGAGGUCCCUGUAGCUGAGACAGCUGUAAAGCAAGUGCCCGCUUUUGGUUAGGCAAAAAUGGUCCUCCAGUACUCAUUCUGCUAUGGUUGAUUUUUGGACCAUGGAUGCUGGAAUCGCUGAAGAUUAGGUGUUGCAUUGGUGGACGGAAACCAGUUAAAAUCCAUAUUGUAGAGCAUAGCAAAUACAUCAGUUAGUAUACUCGCCUACUGAGCUUCAAGCAUUAAGCGUAAUGCAUGCAAGUGGAAAGUAAAUCAUUUUGAAGCAAAAAAUCCCAACUCCAUGUAUUGGCUGAUGGGAUCUGAGCUGGCAGUUGGGGGAUCUUGGGCUAGUGGUGGACAGCUCCACUAACAUAUCCGUCCAUGCAGAGCUGUUGUGAAAAAGGCAAACUCCCUGCUAGGCAUAAUUAAGUAUAGAAUAGAAGGUAGAACUGUCAAAAUCUUACUCUCCUUACACAAACAGGUGGUGUGACCACACUUAGAAUACUGUGUUCAGCCCUGAUCACCUUACCUGGAAAAAGACUUUAUUGAAUUUGAAAAAGUAUGGAGAAAGACAGUGAAAAUGACCAAGGAACUGGAUCAACUCCUCCAUGAGGAGUGACUACAACAACGGGGACUAUUUAGCCUGGAAAAAAUGUGCAUAAGGGGUGAUACGAUGCAUGGUGUGGAGAAAGUGGAGAGUGUAGCAAAGCUAUGGAACAUGCUGCCACAUGGAACUUCCAUGCACCAUAUGGAAGUGGUGGUGGCCACUAGUUUGAAUUAAUUUAAAGGGGGAGUGGGCAGAUUCAGGAUUUCUGCUUAGCCCAGUUCCACACUCAUAGCUUUCUGUCCACAUGUCGUGUAGUGAUGGUGAAGCGCUCAAGGCAGGCAGCCAGAAUAGGGGUCUUACAAGCAUGCAAAACAGCGACAAGAGAGAAGGCACUUGUCUGUCGUGGAACAAAAGAAAGCUGAAAUAACAGAAGAGGCAUCGGAAAAAUUCUUUUCUCAGUAAGUUCAAAGAAAAGGAACUCCUCCUUAGCAGGAAAGAGUUUUCUCCCCAGAAUGAAUUUUACAAAAUAAGCGCUUUAUUCAGGCUUCUCUUUUAUUCUCAUCAGAAGUUAUGGGGCUGCUUUGCCAUAUACCAUUUUCCCUAGCCUAGUGUGCUCCUCACGAGUUGCACUUCGGUUUCCAGUCAGCCCCAGCCAAGAGCUAGGAGAGCUGGGAGUUGUAGUCCAACUCACCUAGAGGGGACUAGAUGGUGGGUGGUGGUGACUGCCUUGCAUAAUGACGGAUAUACGUGCUGAUUGUCAUAGACAGAGUCAGCUGGUGGUGUUUGCCUUUCCUUAUCAUGCUUGACUAGACUAAUCUCACACAAUUUGUUUUACAGGUAUACCUUCAUUAUUCUUACCUUCUGGGUGAACCUGCUGUGAUGCAGGAGAUGAGGAGUAGCUGCUUCCAUAUUUCCCAGUUCCUGAAUUAUUGUAAUAGCUGGACUUUGACCACUGAAUCCCAACUCUGUGGACAAGGACCAACAAUGCUAGCAGUAGCAGCACUGCACUGGCAGUUGUACUAGCAGCAUUGCACUAGUGCAGAUCAAUGCGUGUACAACCUAACUAGUGCUCUGAGGGUAAUGUGAUGCUGUGGAAACUUGGCAGCAUUGCCCUGGCAGUGCUAGUUACAAUGUGCAAGCGUUGCUUUAUGUAAGUGUGAUAUCACUAGUGCUGGGGUUCAUCUGGAGCCUCUCCUAUGAUUGCACACGCAUGGAAGCGUUCCUCUGGCAGACUUGGCGAUCCUUGGCAUAGCAGUAGCAAAUAUGUAGUGCCAACUGUCCUUACCUACAAGUAGGAAGAAAGAUCUGCAGAGAACUGUAGCUGAAGUGAUCUUGCCUGCACCGUGCUGUGUACAAAUCACUCCUCAAUAUAGAUUAAUGUAGUACAAGCAAGAAGCUGAAACUCUGUCCAGAGAGAUGUCCUUCCAUUGUGAUUGGUUGCUUUUUCAAAGGACAGGAGUGUGAUGCAUUUCCACUUAGUCACAGAAUAAAUUUCCAUCCAUGUUCAUCUGCAAAUGUCAUGCUCCAUCCUGGACAGGGAGUGUGGCCAUAGUGUGGGUCUCUGCUGUGGGUUUUGUCUGGUUUCUUCACUCCUGUUUGAUCUUGCCCUGAUAACAUAAUGUUCUUUCCCCCUCUCUGUUUGUCACAGAAGGGAAGGCAUUUAAGGUCUUCCUUGUGUUCUAGAAUGGCACGGCUUUCAUUGGGAAGGAAGUACGUCAAGCAGGGAUCUGUAUUAUGUGCCUGUUUAUUCCUGUUGUGUUGUCCUCAAUUUCCUUCUUCUGAAGCUGGGAUUGGGAACCAAUCAUUUGCUUUAUAGGAGAAAUACUGUGUGUUUCCAUUUUGAACCUAGGAAGGCUUAGGUAAAGUAAUGCAACAGAAAUGGUAAAAAUUGUAACAGAUAUAAGGAAGAGACUUAAGUUUCCAAGCAUCUUGAAAUAUUCCCCAAAGGCUAUAAAAUAAGAGUGGAGCACUAUGGCUGUCUAGGUAUUAUUGGACUACAUUGCCCAUCAGCUCCAACCAUGCAGGCCAGUGGUCAGAGAGAGCUGGUGGUUUUACUGCGGCAGAUCUGGCUGGCUGCAUGCUCCCCACUGCCUCUCUGGAGUGUCAAAAGAAGGUGCUUGCUUAUAGUGACCUGGUUCUAGGAGAACUAUCCAUGACCUUCAUUGAGUGCAGCCUCUGGAAUAGUGUCGUGGAAGAGCCUCUGGGAUACUCUGGGUCCAGGUAUGAACAGAUGUCUUUAAAACGUGUAGCCUAUCUUUUCCUUCAAGCAUCAUACAGGUAGCAAAAUGUUACUCUUUCAGUCACCUUUAGAGCACCUUUUGUUGAGGGAGAUUGUUAUUGCAAUAUGGUGCAGAGAACACGACAGACCACCCUAUAAAUCAAAAGCGUGCGACCUGUUCCUCCUCCUGAAUGCCUUCUCUUUUGAUCAGCGUUCCUGCUUUCCCACUGCUCCUGCUGGUACAGCAAUAUUCCCCAGGAUCUCAGGGUUGUCACCAAAACUGAAGAACAAUACCUGUUGGAGCCACUGGGAAGGGAAUCUCUCUUUCACCCACCUGUGUCCCAGAAGGAGGCAGUAUAGCUGCUUCGAAUGGAGCAAAGUCUGCGUUACACAGCAGAGCCUACUCAAAUGCCCCAAUAUUCCUCCUUUUCCCGCCUGUCCCCUCUGAGGGAAGUUCAGAUGAUAACUAGGGAGAGGGUCUUAUGAUGGUGCCCUCUCCCAUUAUGAGGCACUUCGUCCACCCGUGUCCACCUGGCACCAACACCGUCAUGUCUUCCUCUACUCACUGUUGGAGCCAAAAAGAUCAGGCACCCCUGCUGUAAACCUCUGGCUUAGUUUUGAUCCCAGCGUCUUCCUGAUCAAAGUUCAGUGAUCUCUUAGCGGCUCAGCAGGCCUUAUUAAUGUUUGUUCAGGGGAUUCGAAAGUUGACCUUCUCUGCAGAGAAACCUGUUUUUGCUCUGCUGACUUGUAUUGAUCACAGUCAGCCUUGCUGCUCCUGUUGAAAUAUUCGUGCUUAUCCUUCACACCUGGAGUUGAGUCGCAUUAUUUUAAGCUGCAAGCUAUUUUAGGUAGUAAUGGAAAUUCUGUCCAUUACUACCUAAUUUCUUUGAUUCCCAGAGUGUGGGGCUGUCGUUCUUUGUGAGACCUGGACAUUUGGCUAGGGUGGUUUUUCCUUUGGCCACAUACUGAGUUAAGUGGAAGCCCAGCUUCUAUCCGAACUGCUUCACGUAGCAACAGAUUGUGCAGUCUGUCCUGUGUUGCCAUUGUGAAUAUUCAAAUUAGUUGAGUGUGCAGAGGAGGAGUAUGCUUUGGCUUGGCCCUCCCAGUGGAGGUGCUGGUGAUGUGGAUGGCCAUGAGUGCCUUUUACCACUAUGGUUGGGUUGUGAACUGUGCCCCUAGUUAGGGAAAGUAGGCAUGGCCUUGGAAUAGCCUUGGUAGUGAGUGCUCUGGUGGGUCAUGCUCUGGGGUGCGUUAUUGUAAUGCGCUCUACAUAGUCUGUUUGGAAACUGCGGUUGGUACGGAAUGUUGAUCAGAGAGCAGGUACGGUGGGCACAUUAGACUCAUUCUGUACCAGGUACAUUAGUUGCCUCUUUGGUCUCAACUUACAGUGCCAGUUUUAACAUUUAAAACCCCAAACCACUCUACCCCACCUUGGUGACUUCCAGAUGUUUUAGACUUCAGCUCUUAUCAGCCCUGACUGGCACGACUAAUGUUGAAGGAAGCUGGAAUAUGUAGUCCAAAACAUCUGGAAGGCAGCAGCUUGGAAAAUGCUGCCCGAAACACUUAGGGUCAUCAGACGGAGCCAUCCAAAUCUGCCUAUGUAUUAAGAUCUCUGUCCAAAUCUCUGCCCUCUGUUCCAUCUCUGACAUGUUCCAUGUUGAUGCUCAGUGCUAGGGGCACAGCAUUUUUGGUGAUGGCUGCACAUUUAUGGAAUCGAUUCCCCCUGGUUAUCCACAUGCUCUAUCAGCAGAAACGUUCAGCGUUCGUUCUUUUCUCAUUCUGCUUCUUACUAAUUUAUCUUGUUUGGAUUAAUUUAUGUGGUUCAUUUAAAAAAGAGCAUGUGUAUUUUAAAAAUGGGUGAUCUUACACUGUUUUGCGAGGGCUAUUAUGCACUGAUAUUUGGUUUAGAAAUACUGUAGCAAAUUCAGGUCUGUACCAUGGAAAGCUCUGCAUAUUAUUUUUUCGUCCCCCAGAUGCUUUGGACUACAAGGACCAUUGGCCUCAGCCAGCAUAAGGGAUUAUGGAGGUUGUAGUCCAAGACAUCUGAAGGGCACCCAACUGUCUACAUCCAUCUAUUUCACAUGUAUCUUCAUACAGCAACAGCAAAAUCUUCAUAGCACUUGAUGCUACAUCUUGCUGAGUGUUAUCUGAGAAUGGGCUAUUAGACUUCAUCAAUUUACUGAUCAUUCAUUGAUUUUUUUUAAAUCUAUCAUCCCUUUUGACUGAGGAAAUAAGUUCCCUUAGACUCGUCCUUAAGCCAGAGGCUCUUAUCUGUUGACUUGCAGAACCUGAAGCUUUGGCACCUUUGGACUUUGAGUCCUGGGUGAUUGUGCAUUAAAAGGUUUUCUCAGUGCUUCAGAGCAAACAACUUGGGCUCAAAGUGGAGCUUCUUGAAGAAGCAGAGUGGUUUGCUGCCCAUGAUUACAUUUCUAUGCAUCGUGGACGUAUGGCACAGCUGAAGCUGUCUUGAAUAGUCGAGACUUUAUCCAUUUGCAAGGUUGAAAAUGGAAGAAGGAAAUGCAAACUCAGCAACUGGAAGAUGUUCCAGGGUCAGAUGAAUGGGAUCCCCCAGUUCGCUGAUCUAUCCUUUCCACAUUGUAUUCUAUUUAAUCCUGUGGCUGCAUUAGAGCAAUCCACAGAAAUGUGAAGCUUUCUCCUGACACUUUGUUCAGUGUGUGUUCAGUGACCGAUGUUCAUACACCAUUUACGUCAGUGUUUCAAAAUGAUAAUAAUCAUCUGCCAGGUAUCAGGAAAGCAUCUGAAUCUCAUAUAUUACCCUAAGUUACGCAAGAUCUUAAGAAAUGUCAAUUAUUUUGAUGUAACACAUCACACACUGAAUUCAAGAGUGAAACUGAUCCUGCACUUAGCCCAAUUAAUUGUGUUCCAGUUUUGCAAGUUUAUGGGCCCAGAAGGGUUAUUAUGUACAGCAAACUAUGCAAAUUAGGCCUGCCAUUCAAGUUCAUAUUUCCAUUAUGCAUGAUGCUUAUUAACCACUUCUAGAGUGUGCGUAAGAACUAAAUGAAUGAAUAAAAUGCCAUUCUUGAAAUAAACUUUUGAUUACCACUCUGUGCAAUCUAACUAAGAAAACCUUGAUUUUAACAUAAUUUUUUAGUUAUUAAACAUAUAUAAGGAAUGUAGAAGUGUCCAUUGUUUGGGAUCUGGAACAUGCCACAACACACCUGCUAUCUUGGUUGUGUAUAUGCGGAUGGCAGGAACUGUACAUCCUGAUUCACAUGUAACGACAACCCAGGUUGUGCAUUGUUGCUGACUCACGGUUUGUUGUUACAUGCAAAUUGUGCACUAUGGGUUAACUCUGGGUUGUUGUUAAGUAUUAACCACUUAGGAAGUGGAUCUGGGAUUUGUUGGUGGGUUGUGAACUCUGUUCUGCCAAUGGUUAAUAAUCCAUAGUUAAACUGUAAUGCAGGGGUCUCACAUAAUGACAAGUCCAUGAUUCAGCAACAGCUUGUAGUCAGUCCAUAUCCAGAGUUGUCAUUACAUGUGAAGCAGGUCUCUGGAAACCUUCAUUUGGUGGAUACCUUUAUUAGGACCAAGCAAAAUAUCAGCAAAUGUCUAGCCUGAUGAAGAGUUCUGAGGAAUUCAGAAGCUUGCACAGUGUGGAAGUUUGGUUGGCCCUAAUAAAAGCAUUGCCUAAAUGUGGGUUUUGUUUUGUUUUCCUCGUGGGCCAGCAUGGCUACCUUUGAUUUUCUGUGUGCUUUAUUUAAUGGUAAACAGAGGCUUGAAGGCUGAGAUGGGCACAACAUAUAGCUUCCCCACCCUCUUUUCCUAGAAGUGGUAAGAGGAAUCUAUGAACCUUGUUUUAAAAUUGAUAUUGCUAAAUUGCAGCCUUCUGCAGGGAACUACAGGCGGGAAAAGGAGGUAAUAAUGAUGUAACAGACCGAAGAUGGAAAAACUUGAAUAUACCCUCCUGCUGGAAGUAAAUUAUGUUGCUGUUGGAUUUUCUCUCCUGGGUGGAAGAGAUGCAAUGUGAAAAACCAUAUACAACCAUACUUUUGUACUCUGUGUUGAUUAAUCCAGAAGAACAAGCCACCUCUUUCUUCUCUCCUUGCUCUGUGCCAAUGCAGACACUGCCACUCCUCUGUAUUUUUACCACUCUUUCGGCCCUUGUGAUCUGGGGUACAAGGGAGUUAGUGAAGAGUGUCAAGGGAGAACUAAUCCACUUCAAGUGGUCUCCCAUCCUUUUCUCAAGAAAAAACCAGGGAGCUCAGAUUUCUUUUCAAAGGACAGCAAUUCACAGGGGCUUGUUUAUCAGCUGUCCAGCACUGGAAGCCUUCCGCACGCCCUCUCCCAGCCUUUUAAAAACUGCUUUUAAAAAGCAAGGAGGAGUUCUCUGAUUUGGCUUCUCUGACUCAAAGGCUCCUCCCCGUUCCUGUGAUCCAGCCCUAAACAGAGUACGCACUGUGGAAUGACAGGCAUUCUUCCUUGGAGGGAGCUGGCAAGGGAGCAUACUUGAGAGAAUCACACCGAGCGUCCCGGCUGCUGGGGGCACAGGAAAUACAAGAGGGGCAGAGCAUUGGCCAACCUCGCCGGGCGUUUCCUGACUUUGGGCCGCUCUUAUUAUCUGGAGCCUGGGGGACCAACAAACUUUUCUGGGAGUUGACCUGUCAUCCUCUGAAAGCUCAUGCCUCUCCUUGGAACAGGCUCUCCUUUUUUCGCUUUCUUUUUCUCGAGCAUACCUUGAAGGAUCUCAUAAUGGGGCAGACACGCUACUCCAGACCGGUAAAUCCUGCUCCUGCAGCUGAGGAGGUGGAUCAGCCAUCCCUCGACACCGGAAUGGGAGCUGAUCUGGAAUCUGGUGACACAACCCCUCCCUCCAAGAGAAAAAGCAAGUUUGCAGGUUUUGGCAAGAUCUUUAAACCUUGGAAGUGGAGAAAAAAGAAAACCAGUAGCAAGUUUAAGGAGACUUCGGAAGUUUUAGAACGAAAGAUUUCAAUGCGAAAGCCCAGAGAGGAACUCAUUAAAAGAGGGGUUCUGUUGGAAGACCUUGAGCAGGAAGGAGAAGAGUCAGACAAAUCCAGCCACACUACCUUGAAAAAUGGGCACACUGUCCCCAUCGACUGCUCUGGGAUCGGCAACCUUGAACACCAGGAGGAAGAGACUGAGAAGGGGUCAAGACUUAAUCCUGAGCCUGUGGAUGAGCCGAAGAAAUGGCAAGGGACACCAAGCAGCCAUCCCAAUUCGGAAGGGGAGCCUCAUGCUCCAAAGCAGCCUUUGCUUCCUCCAAAACGGCCUUUGUCAUCCUCUUCUCAGGAGACGAGUGACAUGCAGGCAAGGGGCAGUGUCCCUGCCAGCAGCGCUGCAAGGACUGUGCCUUCCUCCACAGCUGCAGCCACCGUUAGUGCAUCAAAGGGGGUCAGUUCGGCCACUGCCCCCUCCCCAGCCCCAAGGACUGUGCCCUCAGCGCUCUCAAGUGCUCACACUACUGCUAACCUGAAUGCUACCAAUGUGACGUCUGCCAAGCAACCCCCUGUCCCUCCCCCCAAGCCGGUGACUAGGAAUAGCAAUCCCUUAAUAGCUGAAUUGUCUCAAGCUAUCAACAGCGGCACGGCUCUGUCAAAGCCCUCUCCGCCUUUGCCUCCUAAAAGAGGUGUCCCAUUAAAUGCGCCUUCAUCCCUCGAAUCGGCCACGACGCCCAGGUCACCCAUGGACAAGAUCAUGUCGUCAUCCUACCCGUCCUCAGUCCCGGCGCACGCGAUGCCAUCCCACCCGCCACCCUCCUCGUCGCCCCCUCCGCUCUGCCACGUGGCUCCAGAGCCCCCCCACAGCCUGCUUCCUACCCCCAUCCAAGGGAUGCAGGCGCCUCUUCCCACAGAACUGCGGGUGGAAGCGCAACAGGAAGGACUUCCCCUGCCGGAUGCAGCCCGGAGGAUGGCCGAGCAGGGGCCGCUCCGGCUCCCCCAGCUCCCCCUGCACAUCCGCAUCCAGCAGGCGCUGACGAGCCCCCUGCCGGUCACCCCGCCGGCUGAUGGCUCGCACAGGGCCCACUCGCUGCUCUUUGAGAGCGACGCCUCCUACGAAGAGAAUGGGGCGCUGGGCCGCACACGGUCGCUGCCGGUUACCAUUGAGCUGCUGAAAGUUCCAGACGAUGAUGAAGAGGAAGAGGAUGGCCAAGGAGAUGUGCAUCAUUCCUAUCCCCAUGUUUACACUGGAGAGGCCCCAAGCACUACGAUCAUUCCCAGCAUCAUCCUGCAGACUGUGCAGGAUGAAGAGGAGGGACCAAGUGACUCAGACUCGGAGGGACCCAUUCUGUACAGGGAGGAGGAAGAGGAGGAGGAUGAAGACGAAAGCCAUAACACUGCACUAGCCAAUAAAGUCAAGAGGAAAGAUACUCUCGCCAUGAAGCUGGGCAACAUUGCUCCCCGGCCGGAGCUACCGGAAGAGAACAUGUUUCCUCGGAAGAGCAAGGAAGAGUGGAAUGAAAUCCGGCAACAGAUAGGAACCACACUGAUCAGGCGAUUAAGUCAGAGGCCAACAGCAGAAGAACUGGAGCAAAGGAAUAUACUUCAGCCCAAAAAUGAGGCCGACCGGCAGGCUGAAAAGCGGGAAAUUAAACGAAGGCUCACCAGAAAGCUUAGUCAAAGGCCUACUGUGGCUGAACUGCAAGCAAGAAAGAUCCUGAGGUUUAAUGAAUAUGUGGAGGUGACAGAUGCUCAGGACUAUGACAGGCGAGCUGACAAGCCGUGGACAAAAUUAACUCCUGCUGACAAGGCCGCCAUCCGGAAGGAGCUGAAUGAGUUCAAAAGCUCUGAGAUGGAAGUCCACGAAGAGAGCAAGCGGUUCACACGGUAUCAUCGGCCGUGAAUUCUUCUAAACAAAAUCAACAUGCCUGAGGUGGAGAGGAUUUGCCAUAUCUGCCAUUUCCUUCUCCUGUGCUGAAGAGGAACCUUGAGGCUCGCCUAAGAUUUUGCCUUCAUAACAUAUCCAGGAAAUGACUUCCUUCUCCAAGGAGUGGAAAAGCACAGGGACGAACCUUGUGGAAAAGUAGCAUUUCAUUGGAAAGCGUUUGUCUGGAGUGCCAUCAGAUCCGAACGGGGGUAAAACAGACAGCACAAUACCUCAGACGGCAGAGCAAUACCCCGGCUUGCCUGUACACAGCUCGCCUGGCUCAUCCUCGCUGUGGGCAGCUCCAGCACCUAGAUGAAUAAUGGCCCAUUUCUUCCUGCUCUUUGUAAAUAGUAUGUUUGGAUCUGUUUAAUAUCCCUGCUUCAAGGAAGAAAGGUUCUGUAAGAGCAGGCUUUGGAGCCAGUGAGCAGGAAGUUCAGGUCUGUGUGUGUGAGCAUCUGUCUGUUUGCACAGAAGAAACAUAAGCAUUUACUCUCCUAGUAGGAAACUGACACAUUACAGAAGCCUUUCUAUUUUAUUUGUCUUUUUGAUGUACUUAAUAUGCAGAAUCACUACUGACCAAUUUUUUAUUGUCCUGCAGACGAAUUGAACUGUUCUUUAAUGGCAUAUGCUGAAUCUUUAGGGAAGGGAGAACAUUUUUUGAUUUUGUUUUACAGUGAACAGCAACAGCUCCCCAAACUUGCCGUAAAGAGACCUCAUUUUUUGUGUGUACGUGUGUGUGUGCACACGGGGCAUAUUUAGAGCCUGUUUAACAGGAACUGCAAAGCCUGAAAUGAAUUGUCUUAAGGAAGCAGUGGUGUGGAAUAUAUUGUAUUUUUUUAAUCAUGGCUUCCUCUUUUUAAAAAAACACAAAUAUUUCUAAAACUAGAGUGGAACUCGCCUUUUUUUAGUCAUGUAGCAAAACUUGCUGAAAGUUUUACAUUAAAUAUGCUUGAAAAGGACUUAAACCUGACUUUUAAAAAAAGAAGGAAAAGAAGAUGAGAUAUGUGACGUCCCUUUCUCAGCUCAGAAUAGUAUAACCAGUCACGGGUGGUGUGUGACCCUUGGGUGAGAGGAGGGGAGGAGAUGAUAGAAAUGGAGGCAUGAGAUGCGUUGGAAGAGGACGUUCUGAGUGUGACCACAGGUCUGGCUGUCUGUCACCUUUGUCACAAAAGGUCGCACCUGUAAAUGCAGCAUCACCGGUGAACGCUGUGCUGCUUCACAACACCCAGCAUUUGAGAAAGGGGCCUACUGUGCGGCCCUCCCAUUGUUUAAGCUUCUGGCAAGAAGGGUGUCCAGAUGCAGGGCUCUUGCGUCUUGAACGGUUGUGUGAGAGGAGGCAUUUCGGCAGGCACGGGUGGCAGCUAGACGCCUCGGCGGUUCGCCUCCCCUUGUGGCAGACGUGCCACUGAUUUUACCAGGGACUGGCAUCUGGCAUAAUCUGAAUUCUACCCACUGUUACUUCCACACACACAGGCAGGCAAGCAGCAUGUUGUUGCUGGCAUUCUCUUCUCUGCCCAGCUUUGCUUCUGGUCGUCUCAGCAGGAAGUCCAGGGAAGGAAGGCAUGGAAGACUCAGCCACUGCCUUCGUGUCUCCCUGCUCUCAUUCCACCCUGCCCUAACGGCAUUUCGUGAGCUUUUUCCCUAAUGCAGCCCUUUCCUUGUGCUUGGGCUUUGUCUCAGGCAGGAUGUUUUCCAUGGGGUGGGGGGUGGGGGUCCGGCUUCGGCCUUCCAGUAGCAAUUCCUUAUAAAGGUGCAGGGAGAGAUGCGGUCAUUGUGGGAAAGGGGUGGGUGCCAGUGCACUCUCCCUUUGAACUGUUUUUUCAUGGUGUAUAAAAUUUCUGUAGAGGAAAUCAUUGCAUUGUAUAUCUGUCUUCCUACUGACAAGAUUUUAUGGAAUAAAUUUUUUUUAGAAAAGA